AUGGAGGACACAAGAUUGUCAGUUAGAUCAACAAGUAAUGGUAAUAUAGUGCAUGUAUCUUCGAAUCCGGACAAGACACCAAUAGAGGUGUAUUGGGCAAAGGAUAGUAGUACACAUUGGACAUUCAUGGUGGAUAAGGAUACGACAGUGGCAGAUAUGUUUGAGAACAGUUAUGUUGUACCAGGUCAUUAUCUAUAUCUAUACAUGCGCAAACGACGCGCAUUUGGAUUACAUCAUCGCGAUGUGGCUCUGUGCUACGAGGACAAACUUCUAAACAUCAUUGAACAACGACGGGCUCGUGGCAAGAAGGACGCUGCCACAGUGUUUGUUGUUGACAAGUCCAAACGCAAGCCAUCCGACAAGAUACGUGGAAAUACAAACCUUCAGCACCAUCUGCUCAAACAAGAGUAG